AUGGGUCUGACAAAGUUUGAUUUUAUAUUUCUUGUUUUAUUCAUCACUUUCUUUUCAAAUCCAGUGGUUAACCACGAUAAGUUGAUCAGUUUGGAGGUUUUUUCUGACUUUUCUUUAAUUAAAUUAAGAAGUCCAAGAAGAUUACUAAGGUCCCUUUGUUGUUGUUCUUCUUGUAAAUGCAAGGAUGGCUGUUCAAGUUGCGGCAGUGAAGAUUCUGUUGUAAUUAGUGGCCCUACUGAUCCCAAGCAUGUGUGGUCUUUAUCGGGCGAAUUUGGAGGAUUUAAGCAAAAUAUGGAAGUUGUUGAACCUAGAACAGAAGAUAACCAGGAAACUAAUGAAGAAGAAACAAAUGAUAAUCAUACAAACGAAUCAAAUAAUGAUGAUAAAUCCACAUCUGAAGAUUCAGAAGAAGGUAAGAGUUGUUGCUGCUGUAAAAACUCAUCAUCAUCAUCGUCAUCAUCAUCUCCUAAUAAUUCAGAAAUUCGCAAUCCAUAUGAUGAAUGA